CAUAACACUCAGCAUGAUGUUGAACCCAUCGUCGUGCUUCUUCUACUCCUCUCUUCUCCUCCUUCUAACGGCAGCAGCGUUUGUCACCGUCCUCGCCACCGUCACCUAUGACGGCAGAUCCUUAAUCAUUGAUGGCCAACAUAGAAUCUUAUUCUCCGGUUCUAUUCACUAUCCUCGCAGCACUCCUGAGAUGUGGCCUGAUUUAAUCACAAAAGCUAAAGAAGGAGGGUUAGAUGUCAUACAAACUUACGUCUUUUGGAACCUUCAUGAGCCUCAACAAGGACAGAACAACUUUAGUGGAAGACGUGAUUUAGUGAGAUUCAUUAAGGAAAUUCAAGCACAAGGCUUAUAUGUAACCCUUCGAAUUGGACCCUACAUUGAGAGUGAAUGGACUUAUGGGGGUCUACCAUUGUGGUUACAUGACAUUCCGGGUAUUACUUUUAGAACUGAUAACAAUCAAUAUAAGUUUCACAUGCAAAGGUUCGCUGCCAAAAUAGUCAACCUGAUGAAAUCAGCCAAUCUUUAUGCUUCUCAAGGAGGGCCUAUAAUACUUUCUCAGAUUGAAAAUGAAUAUGGAAAUGUUGAAAAGGCUUAUCAUGAGCAAGGAACCUCCUAUAUUCGUUGGGCUGCUCAAAUGGCCGUUGGACUCAAUACUGGGGUGCCUUGGGUUAUGUGCAAGCAAGAUGAUGCCCCUGAUCCAAUGAUAAAUGCUUGCAAUGGCAUGAAGUGUGGGACAACAUUUAAGGGUCCAAACUCUCCUAACAAGCCUUCUAUAUGGACAGAGAAUUGGACUAGUUUUUAUCAAGCCUUUGGAGAAAAGCCAUAUCUAAGAUCAGCAGAAGACAUUGCAUAUAAUGUUGCUCUGUUCAUUGCUAAGAAAGGAAGCUAUGUCAAUUACUACAUGUACCAUGGAGGAACCAAUUUUGACAGAACGGCAUCUGCUUAUAUAAUAACGGCUUAUUAUGAUGAAGCUCCAUUGGAUGAAUAUGGAUUGGUUAGGCAACCAAAAUGGGAUCAUCUAAAGGAGCUACAUGCUGCAAUCAAGUCAUGUUCAGACACUUUACUAAAUGGAACUCAAAGCAUAAUCACUUUGGGUUCCCAGCAACAAGCUUAUGUUUUCAGAAGGAGCUCAAAGGAAUGUGCUGCCUUCCUGGAAAAUAGUGGUGGAAAGGAAUCCACAGUCAAAUUUCAGAACAUUCCAUAUGUAUUGCCCCCAAGAUCAAUCAGCAUUCUACCAGAUUGCAAGAAAGUAACCUUCAAUUCAGGCAAGGUAAGCACACAAAACAAUGCCAGAGUGAGAGCAAUGAUACCACAGUUAAAGUUCAAUACAGCUGAAAGAUGGAAAGUAUAUACAGAAGCCAUCCCUAACUUUGAUGAUACAAAAUUAAGAGCAAAUAAACUAUUAGACCAAAUCAGCACAGUAAAAGAUACAUCUGAUUACUUGUGGUACACUUUUAGGUUUAAUGACAAAGCUCCUAUUGUUCAAUCCUUGCUUAGAGUAUUAAGUCAAGGGCAUGUUUUGCAUGCAUUCAUCAAUGGAGUUUUAGUAGGCUCUGGACAUGGGACACUUGACAGUAGAUCUUUCGUCACAGAAUGCAAAGUAAAUCUGACAAAUGGGAUGAACGUCUCCUUACUAAGUGCAACUGUUGGAAUGCCUGCUUCAGGAGCAUAUCUAGAGAGCAAAGUUGCUGGUUUGCGUUCAGUAAAAGUUCAAGGCAGAGAUUUCACUAAUCAAGCAUGGGGAUAUCAGGUUGGCCUGCAAGGAGAGAAACUGCAAAUCUAUACAGAUAUUGGAUCAAGUAAAGUUCAGUGGGGAAAUUUUCAAAGUUCUGUGAAACCACUGACAUGGUACCAGACUACAUUUGAUGCACCAGCAGGCAAAGAUCCUGUAGUGCUUAACCUUGGUUCUAUGGGAAAGGGAUUAGCUUGGGUUAAUGGCCAAGGUAUUGGUCGAUAUUGGUUAUCUUUUCACACAGAAAACGGGGAUCCUUCACAAACAUGGUAUCAUAUACCACGAUCCCUCCUAAAAUCUACUGGGAAUCUACUAGUUCUAUUUGAAGAAGAAACUGGGAACCCACUGGAAAUUACUCUAGACACAGUUAUAUAUAAGUGAAACAUCACACAGCAUGAGAAAAAGAGGAAUGGUCUUCCUUUAAUCAUAGUUAUUAU